AUGGCGGAGCUGAGCUCUGUAUCCAGUCCGACUCCAACUGCUCCUUCACAAGAUGCAUUUGAACCAAAACAAAAUGGUGCUAGUGCAUAUGGUGUUGUGCAACCUUCCUUCUCGUACUUGAAUGGGAACAAUCCACCUUCUGGAAGUUCACAGCAGUCAUCGGCUAGUUGGGCUGUUGAGCAAGGUCACUCUCCAGUCGGAAAGAAUGCUUCAUCUCCUACACCAUCCACACAGUCAGCAUUCUUGCUUCCUCCUGCUCCUUCACACACCUCACAACCUGUUUCAUUUGUACCAGGAACAGUUGCACAAGUCAUGACCCCUCCAGGCCCUCGACCUGUUGGUAUUCCUCAUGGAAGCUCCUCACAUUCUGCAAACUUCUCUUUUAAUGGGAAUCAGCAGCUGAUGCAGAACAACCUAUCAAUGAAAACUCAUGCAAGAGCUAACACUACUCAAGAGACUGGAGCAAUUGCUUCUGCACAGCUUUCCACACAGUCUGCCUCUCAGCCAGCUCUUACAAAUCCAAAUCCUUCAGUAACUGUUUUUGCAGCUAAUAGUUUUAGCAGCAUGGCUGCUCAAAUGCACCCUGCACCAUCAUUUCAGGUGCCUCCAGGAGUGCCUAGAACUCCUUUAAUUCCUGGCUCCCCUGGAAUUUCUUCCUUUGUACAUUCAUCUUCAAAUAUAACUGCUGCCCUUUCAUCUGCAGAUUCUCCUGCAACCCCAAGAUCCUUCAUGUCUACUGCUCCUGUUCUCUCUAAUUUCCCAGUUCAGCAGCAGACAUUUACUCCCUAUCCUACUCCAUUUCAAGCAGCUCCUCCAGGUCCGUGGUUGCAGUCCCCACAGAUCAGUGGUGUUGUUAGACCACCAUUUUCACCAUACCCUACUGUUAUUCCUGGUCCGUUUCCCAUGCCUACUCGUUCUAUGCUGCCAAUUUCUGUUUCAUUUCCCAAUACCCAACCUCCUGGAGUUACUCCAGCAGUAUCUUCAGUUGGCAACUCUGCAUCUUUAGUGGCUUCUGGUGACCAGUCAACCGAUGGGUUAGCGCAGGAAGAGUUACCUCCUGGAAUUGAUAGUAGUAAACACGCCAAUAAUGUUGCGGUCAUGGAUGAAGCUUCUGUUGGAGAACAACUGGAUGCCUGGACAGCACACAGGACUGAAAGUGGAGUUGUAUACUAUUAUAAUUCUCUGUCAGGAGUAUCUACCUAUGAGAAACCUUCGGGCUUUAAAUAUGAGCUUGAUAAAGAAGCCUUGCAGCCAACUCCUAUCUCAUCGGAGAAACUGAUCGGUACAGAUUGGGUAGCUGUUAACACUAAUGAUGGCAAGAGAUAUUACUACAACACUAGAACACAGCUAAGCAGCUGGCAAAUUCCUAUUGAGGUGACGGAGUUGAAAAAGAAACAGGAUGCUGAUUGUUUAAAAGCUCAAUCACUUCCGGUGAUAAAUACUAAUGUAAUAACUGAAAAGGGAUCUACUCCUGUUAGUUUAAGCACGCCUGCUGCUAAUACAGGUGGUCGUGAUGCCACAGCUCUCAGACCCUUGGGUGUUUCUGGACAAUCUUCUGCACUUGAUCUCAUAAAAAGGAAGUUACAGGACUCAGGAACCCCAGCUACUACAUCACCAGGCCCAGAUUUGUCAGGAGGGGUGGUAAUGGACCUCAAUGGUUCAAAACCAAUUCCUGACAUGACCAAGGUUUCACAUCACGAUGACUGCAUUGAAAAGCGCAAAGAUGCUAAUGACAAUGGUGAUUUAUCAGAUUCCUCUUCUGAUUCAGAGGAUGAAGACAGAGGUCCUACCAAAGAGGAGUGCACCACCCAAUUUAAGGAGAUGCUCAAGGAACGUGGAGUAGCACCAUUCUCGAAAUGGGAUAAAGAACUUCCAAAGAUAGUGUUUGAUCCACGUUUUAAGGCUAUCCCAAGUCACAGUGCUCGAAGAGCACUGUUUGAGCACUAUGUCCGGACACGUGCUGAAGAGGAGCGCAAGGAAAAAAGAGCUGCUCAGAGGGCUGCAAUGGAUAGUUUCAAGCAGUUAUUGGAAGAAGCGAAGGAGGAUAUUGAUUGCAACACUGAUUAUCAAACAUUUAAGAGGAAAUGGGGAAAAGAUAAGCGAUUUGAGGCCUUGUCUCGGAAAGAAAGAGAAGUUUUGUUGAACGAAAGGGUGAUCCCUUUGAAAAAGACUGCUGAAGAAAAAUCUCAAGCACAGAAUGCUGCUGGUAUAUUAAAUUUCAAGUCCAUGCUUCAAGAUAGAGGAGAUAUUACUUCUAGUUCCCGCUGGUCAAAGGUGAAAGAUAGCCUAAAAAGUGAUGCCAGAUACAAGUCCGUUAAGCACGAGGACAGGGAGAGGUUAUUUAAUGAAUAUAUAUCUGAUCAAAAGGCUGCUGAAAAAUUGAUAGAAGGGAAGGCAAAGGCAAAACAGGAAGAGGAGGAGAAACUGAAAGAAAGAGAACGAGCACUACGCAAGCGAAAAGAAAGAGAAGAGCAAGAAGUGGAGAGGGUGAGAACUAAAGCUCAUAGAAUGGAGGCUGUUGAAUCAUAUAAAGCUUUAUUGGUAGAGACAAUAAAAGAUCCUCAGGCAUCUUGGACAGAAUCAAAACCAAAGUUGGAGAGGGAUCCUCAAGGACGUGCAGCAAAUCCUCAUUUGGAUCAAUCCGACUCAGAGAAGCUUUUUCGAGAUCAUGUUAAGACAUUGCAUGAGAGGUGUGCGGUGGAUUAUAAAGCUCUCUUAGCCGAGGUAAUAACUGCGGAUGCUGCAUCUCGAGAAACAGAAGAUGGUAAGACAGUUGUUAAUUCUUGGUCGACAGCCAAACAACUCUUAAAGAACGAUCCCCGUUAUAACAAGAUGCCAAGGAAAGAUAGAGAAUCCUUGUGGUGGCGACAUGCUGAGGAAAUCCGGAGGAAGCAAAAGUUAGUACGCAAUCAAGAAUCAGAGAAGCAUGCAGAAGGAAGAAGUCGAAGCUCUGUUGAUGCUGAUAAGUAUAUGUCUGGGUCAAAGAAAACUACUUAUGACGGAAAAUGA